AUGCAGUCCAAGUUUCUCUGGAUCGCCGCGGCUUCGGCCGCCACGGCCGCGGCUCAGGUGCCCGCCCGUCUCUGCGGUACGGCCCAGCCGACCAUGGACGACCUCGUUAUCGCCGCCGGCCUCGCCGCCGAGGGGAAAGACAACCGCAGGGGGCUUCACCCAGAGGACCCAAUCGUCGUGCCGACUCUGUUCCACGUCCUUGCCAUCAACGAGACUGUUGCAGGAGGCUAUCUUACCGAGAAGUCGCUCCAGGACCAGCUCGACGUGAUGAACGCUGACUUUGGCCCUUCCAAUGUCAUUUUCAACCUCACCGCCACCACGCGUACCGUCAACCGCCGCUGGGCCCAGGAUCUCGACGAGAUCCCCAUGAGACGCGCCUUGCGCCAGGGCGGCCAGGAGACUCUCAACAUCUACUUCAUGCCCUACGUCAGCGGCUAUCUCGGUUACUGCACGUUCCCCAACUUCUGGGACGCUGGGUCUGAUGAGUUCAUCUACGACGGAUGUGCCGUCCUGUCUGACUCCCUCCCUGGAGGUUCUCUGGCGCGUUACAACCUCGGCCGCACUGCCACGCAUGAGAUUGGCCACUGGUUCGACCUCUUCCACACCUUCUCCGGCGGCUGCGGUUGCGUCGGUGACAUGAUCCACGAUACCCCUGCCAUGCUCAACGCUACUGGCGGCUGCCCCGUUGGCAAGGACACUUGCCCUGACCGCCCGGGUCUGGACCCCAUCCACAACUACAUGGAUUACUCCGAUGACGCGUGUAUGAAUGAGUUCACUCCUGGCCAAAACUUCCGCAUGCGCAGCGCCUGGUACAACAUCCGUACCAAAUAG